CACUGCUGGCUCAUGUCCAGCUUCUCGGCUACCAGGACCCUCAAGUCCUUCUCCACAGGGCUGCUCUCAAGGGGUUCUUUGCCCAGUCCGUAUAAACACCUGGGAUUACCCUGGCCCAAGAGCAACACCCUGCACUUGUCCUUGUUGAACCUCACUAGAUUCACACGGGCCCACUUCUCCAGCCUGUCCAGGUCCCUCUGGAUGGCUUCCCUUCCCUCCAACGUAUCGACUGCACCGCUCAGCUUGCUGUCACCCACAAAUUUGCUGAGGGUGCACUCGAUGCCAUCGAGUUCAUUUAUUAUGCGCCGUUUAUUUAAAAAAAAAUGUAUUAAAGAGUGAAUUACUAUAGUAACUGUAUUUUUAUUUAAGAGACUGUUGGCUAUCUUGCUCCACUGUGCAGAUACAGAAGCAGUGCCAAACAGUGAUACAGCUGUUGCAGUAAAAUGAAAGGUCACUCUGCAGGUGAUCUCCAGACAUACCUUCAAAACUGAGCCACUCUGUAUAUCCGAUGAAUAUAUUCUUAGUUUAUAAUAAUGCCUUUCUUGUGGCAAUAUUAAUGCUUGGUAGGAAACUAACCACAUACACCGUCAAGCCUUACACAGCCAAACUCUUUCAGUCAGUUUCCUAUCACUCAUCUCUGUAUCAAUGCUGUAUCCUUCUGUUUGUUAUUUUCAUUUGUUUACUAGCAGACAAAAUGUGUUUGAUUGUUAUGAAUUACUGAAUUUAAAAUGAGAUGAAAAGAGUGUCCAAUGUGAAUAAAAUAGAAAAAAUAGCAUAGCUCCAUAAAUAUCGAAGAUCUAAAAAUAGAAAUAAAAAAUUUUAUCUCGGUAAGAAAUCAAUAAAAAGAAAAUAAAAAAAAAUAUGAUAGCACCAGACGAUGUAAAGCAAUUCAAGGAAAUUCUAAGAUCAUUACAUCACAGAGUAAUAGAAUAUUGUUGCCGGCAGGUCGAGGGAGGCAAACCUUCCUGCCCGCUCCAUGGCCAGCAGCAGGCACCUCACUGCACUGCCUGCAACAGCCGCCAUCUUGCUUGGGUGCCGAGGGCCCACGCCCUCACCCCUCUGUGUGGUAGUGACUACCUCACAGAGCGUGUCGCAAAGCGGCCAUUGUGACAUAAGCAGCCAGGAGCAGGUUAGGCCAGGCCAAGCUCAGACCGUGGGUCAGUGCGACCUGGUGAGGUGAGGAGAGAGGGCAGGGAGCCAGGGGCUGCCUGGGGCUGCUCAGUGAGGAGGGGUCCCCACGCCCUGGGGGCCUGAGCUGCUAACUCAACUCUCGUCCUGCUUCUCCCUCAGAGUCGGCAGAGGAGAGUGUGCAGGAGAAAGCCCAGCGCUGACUGGGCAGGGACUCCAAGCGCUCAGCGUCGACGUGUACCAUGUCCAAAAGGAAGGAGAAGACCUCCCACUCGGAGGAGCAAGGUGAGAGCAAAGUAUCCCUGCGUGCAGCUCCCUGCCGGGCAGAGGGGUACUGCGGGGUCUGCCUGUGUCUGAGAGGGGAGGCGGGGGCAGGCAGGGGCUCCCCAGACACUGCUGGGCAUGGCCCCUCUGCUCCUCAGCCAGCUUGGCCUGCGCGUGCCUGCCGUGACUGUUGGGCCUACCGUGGCCCUUGUCCCCCUCGCAUCUUCCAGCCCUGCCCCUCAUCCAGCAUGGCAGGCACAGUGCAGGCCCCAGGCAACAGUCCUCGGGGACACUCGGUACUCACUGCUGCUUCUAUCGGCUCUCUCCUCUUCAGUAUGCAUGCUGUGUCGCCGAGCAGACGUUCACCCGGACAUCUGCGGGCCCACCCUCAGCGAGAGCGGGCUUUGCGUCCACAAGUUUUGCUUGUUUUUUGCCAACGGCCUGUAUGAACACACUGCCCUCCAGAGGGCAGUUCUCAAGUUCCCCCUUGAUGCCAUCAGAUGCACAAUCGAGGAGGCAGAGCAGAAGCACUGCUUCGUUUGUGGAGAGAAGGGGGCCUCCAUCUGCUGCGCAGAGACAGGCUGUGAGCGUAGCUUUCAUCUGCCCUGUGCCACGGAUGGCGAAUGCGUCACGCACUUCUUUGGGAGGCACAGGUCCUUCUGCUGUGAGCACCGCCCUCAGCAGAUAGUGGAGGCAGAUCCAGAGCCUGACACAGCCUGCAUCAUCUGCCUGGAGCCCGUGGGGGACAAAAAGUCCUACCACACCAUGGUGUGCCCAGUGUGCAUACAGGCCUGGUUCCACCGGAGCUGCAUCCAGGGACAGGCCAUGAGCGCUGGCAUUCUGCGCUUCCAAUGUCCCGUCUGCAGAGACAGGAUGCAGUUCCGGACGCAAAUGCACAUCCUCGGGAUCCAAAUCCCAGCCAGAAGACCAACAUGGGAGGACAAGGAGUCCUAUGAAAAGCUGUACGAGAUGCACGGGCUCUGUGAUGUCAGCGAGUGCCUGUACACAGAAGGCAGGGAGCAAGCAGAGGAAGAGGGGCCCUGGGAGCUGCUCGUUUGCACCUCUUGUGCUGUGCAAGGCACCCACCGGCACUGCUCCUCCUUGAGCGAGAGCAUAACAAGCUGGGAGUGUGACAUCUGUGCUGGCGUGGGCACAGCCUCCAGUGACGAGCCGCAGCUUGCUGGUCCCAGCACUGCCAGCCAGGAGGCAGAGGGGCCAUCUCCUAGCUCCCCAGAACCUGGCAACCACAGAUCCGACUCCACUAGCAAGGCAGCAUCGGAGUCACCCUGUGGUUCUCAGCUGCCUAAGCGCAGCAGCCUGUCCAGCCAGCCCAGGACAGGACAGAGCAAGAGCCGCGGACAUACAUCUAAGCAGCACCAAGGACACCAAGGGAGCAGCCCUACACCAGCUCCAGGUGCUGAGAGCAGCCCCCGCGGAUCCACCAGCAAGCGAGAAGUGGGGUCCUCCAGAAAUUGCCCAGCGGCUGAACGCAGAAGGCAAUCCGGGCAGCAGGACACAGGCCGGACAAGAAGCCGCUCUCCGCUGAAGGAUCGUGCCUCCAAUUCCCCGAGCCAGCUCAGAAGAAAUCCUGGCAGCAGACGUAGUGCAGCCUCAGCUACUGUGAGCGGCAGACGUACUGCGGCCUCAGCUACUGCCAGCGGCAGACGUACUCCAGCCCCAGGUGCUGAGAGCAGCACGCACACCUCUGGCAGCCGGAGGGCAUCCAGGAAUUCCCCAGGGGCUGGAAGCAUAAGAUGCCACAAAGAGCAAGGCACAAGCCGGAGACAGAGCCAAUCCUCUCUACAAGGUCCGGCAUCAAAUUCCUCGAGCCAGCCCCGAGGACGCCGUGGCAGCAGGCUUAGUGCUGAGAGCGGCUCCCAGAGCUCUGGCAGACAGGUGACAUCCAGGUCCUCCAGGGAUUCCGCGCUGCCUGAACACAGAAGGCAUUCCCAGAACCAGGAACGAAGCCGUUCCCCGCGGGAUCGUCGGGCUUCCAAUUCCCCAAGACAGUCUGGAGGAAGCCAGAGCCGCAGUCCCAGGCAGCGGCGGCCAUCUCAGGCACGACGCCACUCCCAGAACCAGCCCUGAAGACACCGCAGGAGCAGCCAUGUACCACAGCCACGUGACGGCUCCUGUCCCCAGCAGCCAACCCAAUAGACUUGUCACGGACUUCUCUCUAGAUCCGCGUCCGUGACAGGGGGCAGCAGGCCUGGGAAAAAAGACAAAAAAUACAGAGAGACAGAGGGAAGAAAGAAAAGUGUUAACGGAUUACGGGCCGGUCCGGCGCAGCCCCGUGACU